UAACUCUUGGAGGCGCACUGUUGUAAAUCACCCGUAUUCGAUACCUUUUGGCAUUAUUCGCCGUUUAGUCAGGUACUUCUGUGAAACUAAGCAUGCCAAUAUUGUAAAUCUGAUGCGAAUGCUGGGUGAGUUUUAUAUGAUAAAUGGGAAAUUCAUGGCAUUCUUACGUUGAAACAAUGUGAGUUGCAGAUCUGAAGGCUGUGUUUGAGAACCAACGUUACAAAGCUGGAGAUCAGAAAAGUUGAUGAACUGUUAUGGAAACAAAUUAUAUCAGCUCAUCAAGCAAUACCCUGGUCUAUUCCGGUAGAUUGAAGGCAAUGUGGCUUCUCUUACUGUAACUCUUAACUUGAUGCCUCUUUUCCUACCUCCAUGGUAAUUCCAAUGGACUUGAACCGAUUCGACCGUAUCCAAUGAUGCCAUUCAAGCUUGAUAUGUAUUACCCGAUGCGGUAUCGCAGAUUUCACGACUGAUACGUUCCAUCAAGGCCACCGUACAGGUUCUCUGGAGCGUUUUUUUAUGUCUGCUGGCGAGAGUAAUUUGCGCAUGUUCAGGCGAAUGUUUCGCUGUAAACAGCAUGCUGACAGUAUAAAGGCAAAAUACAAAUAGAUCAAAUGGGUCAUGGUUUACUGAGAUUUUGUUCAGCGUGUAUGCAGUAAUGGGAACGACCUGUGACCGACGACCUAUUCAUUGAACAAAAUGUACACUCAGUAAUUGUGCAGAGUAAGUGGGCACUUGCCUGAUUAAACGCAGUGCCCGCCGAGAAUAAAAUUGCGGGCACAGAAUCGAGAGUGAUAUCCGGUCUCCUGUAAACCAAAUACAGAUACAUGUGUCGUAUGAAGUUCGAAUAGUCUGUGCCUCACUGUGAAUGUAUGACCCUGACGUAUGACUUUGUGCAGUAAGCAAUGGAACAGGAGGCGGGUACUCCAUUCACUUUGUGGCGUAAGGGAAAAGAGACAAGUUUUCACGGCAGUCCAAUUUUCGACACGAUAGCAGCAUUCGUCUCCACGGUCUCAACGCACAAUCCAAGACUGGCACAAACGGCCAGGAACCUUGCCGGGAGCUGACCCCGUGAUUGACGGACUAGAGCCCCAUUGUAAACUUGUCCGCGGCUUAACAACUGCCAGCAACUCUCUUGUUCGACUCUACCGGCUUAAAAACCCUUGCCAUUGUCCCAGCCAAGGAGGUCUGCCCUGGCCCUGAUAAGCAAGCGAUUAGUUCGCCCUGAGUAAACAACGAACAAUUAUAGGACGUGCAGAAGCUGUCACAUCACACAGGGGCGCCACAUGCCAGCCCCUUGAUUGGCAGGUGUCAAACUGCCCUUCUUAUUCAUGGUGACGGGUAUGUCCUACUUCACCACCGUCUGGCUUGCACUGAAGACGGUGGCCACUCAGUCAGGAUAACCUAAUCACUGCGUUCGUCGUGCGCAAUGACACGUUGAAAAAGUGUCUUGCCUUGUCACGUGGUCCGUGUCUCUCUCGGAUCUUGUUGCUGCUUGAGAGAAACAUCCCGAUGGGAUUGUUCGUCUUGUAUGAGACUGCCGACGUUCAAUGAGAACAGACGUCUCCAAGUGCGGCUUCCGAUAAGUCAAGCUGUGAUUGGAAUGGGGCUAAACUAGCGCCCAGCCACAGCCUGUCUAGCUCGAGAAGUUGAACAAGCAAGGAGGCGAUAGUCGCGGUAGUCCUGAGCAUCCACGAGAGCACGGGGGAAAAUUGAGUUGCAACAUCCUCCUAUUAAUAUGCUGGAAUGCCUUUUGAUGAGAAUUGUCUCUGUCUCGUGUCUCCUUAUUUGCUGAAGGCAGGCUUGCAUUUUUUUUAGGGCGAGCCCGGACUACGAACACGAACAAAACAUCUGAUUCCAGUCAUUGAAACUUCGCAAAUUCAUCGAAUGAUCGUGGACAGGCUGAGUGAAAUUGCACUGCAGAAACCAACUUGUGAUUUUGAGCAAAGCGCCUUGGUGAAAUCGCUCUUUCCGCCGCAGAUACACGGGCUUGGCUCCGUUCUCUCCCCCAUCCGACCAUGGCAAGAUUCGGCCUUUCCGUGGCGGUCCCUUUACUCGUGCUCCUCGGUCACUGCUGUGUCCGGCUGGUGGACGCCGCGGGUUGUGAGGCCAUCCAACUGCCUAUGUGUUCGGGCAUGAAGUACAACAUGACCCAGAUGCCUAACCUGCUGCACCACAGCGCGCAGGAGAACGCCCGCCUCUCCAUCGAGCAGUUCCAGGACCUGGUGGACACCAACUGCAGCAACCUCCUCCUCUUCUUCCUUUGCACCAUGUACGCGCCCAUCUGCACCAAGAGCCUGGAGUUCGAGGUGGAGUCGAUCCCGCCUUGCAAGGGGGUGUGCGUGGAGGCCCGGUCGAAGUGCGAGCCAACCAUGCUGAAGUACAACGUGACAUGGCCCGAGUAUCUGUCAUGUCAGCACCUUCCUGAGUACACGAGGGGCGUGUGUCUCACUCCAGAGGCCAUCGUCGAUACUAUGCCAGACGAAGACGACAACAACAACGAGAGCGGCGUCGUCACCGAGCCUGUCGUACCUGGCAGCAUCCUACCACCGAAGCCAAAGAGGAAGGGAAGCUGCAAGCGUUGUGAGAAUACGAGGAUAAACCAAGGUGUCUUCCUCGAGAAAGCCUACGAAUAUGUGGUUCGUGCCACAGUGACAUCCUUUGUUACCGUGGGUGAGAACCUGAUGUACACCGCCGUUAUCGUAGAAGACGUGCUCAAGUUCACCGACAUCAACAUUCCUAUUGGCGAGGUUCACUUAGUAACGGAGGGCCCAUGCGUUUGCCCCAGGGUUACGGUAGGAGUGGAUUACGUCAUCAUGUGCUACCAAGACCUGGAGAACGGCCGCCUCAGGCUGACGGAGGAAUGCAUCGCGGAGGAGUGGGAGGAGGACAGCUGGCCCAGACUUGUCAAGAAAUGGGACAAGAAGCUCCGGAAAGCCAAGCGCAGGGAGGAGAAGCUGAGAGAGUCGCCCACGGUAGGUGGGAACAGCAGGCGCCGGCGACGGCAACGCCCGGAGCCUACCGAAGCGCCCUCUCGUGACAGGAGAAACAGAGGACGAAGUCGGGCUGAUCCAGCAGAGGAUGUCGACUCCGAAUCUGUCUCUGAUUCCUUGUUGUGAAGAAGCGAUGUUUGGUUGAGGGCUCUUCUGCCGGUUCUGUUUGCUGCGCCUUGACCUGGACGCCUGCGCAGUGACCCAACCAUGCGUAUUUCACAGACCGAACAUGUAACGACAAGCAUGCACAUUUUGGUGAAAGCCGUACUGCCGUACUUGUGUGAUUCAUUUUUCCCUUCACUUUCUUUAAGCAUUCAAAUAGUUUCAUUUGUAUUUUCAACGCCGCACAAAUUUCUAAGCCAUUUCUUUUUCUUGUCAAAGCUGAACAUAAGAAAAGCUGGCGUUGGUCACAGAAUUUCAGGAAUUGCUAUUAUGGCCAAUUCCUGCAUUAACUUUUGUUUCGUCAUAUCCUCGCUUAAGUCAAUGUUUCAAGUAGUCUGGCUCCUUUUUAUCGCAGCAGCGCUCGUAAGUAUUUUCAAAGGCAUGUGUAGGCCUACGUAAUACUUUAGACAGUUUAAUACCUUCGAUUUGAUUUUUGUCAUUUGGUACCGUCCGUUUAUUCCUUUUUUUUCGUUAUUGUCCAAGCAGCUAUAUGUCCCCGCAUAUUACUGAACUCUUUAAGAAAUAGUGCAAUAUAUAUCUUGCACAGAUUGACCUUUCCUUUUGGGGGAAGACUUGAUGGAUAAAGUCGAUGAAGAAACCCGUGAAAAAUGUAGCGAAUCCGAUUGUUGAAUCUCAUUCUAAUUCUCACGAAAUCUGAGUUGUUGAUUUGAAAUAGAUCGAUACAUUCAGUCUGUCAUAUCGAGAUUUAAAACAGUUCCAGCAAUGCCAUGCAUGUAAUGGUGGCGUGCGGUGCGCCAUCUUUGACCGUCUCUGCUAGUUUCAUGCGAAAGUACCCUUAUUAAGUUGGUGUUUCGCUGGUGCCCACCACCUCAUACACAGGGUGCUAAUAAAAAGGGCUAAUUUCUGUUCAAAACAAUGUGGUGGAAGCACAGCCUGCUUUUACGCUAGCUGUGCGUUCAUUUUACAUUCACGUGUCGUGAACACCCGGUGGUUCAUGCAACGUGUAUUCAAUCACGUCAUUUUGCUCGAAGAAGUUGGCCUUCAGUUCCAGCGGCCAGUAUAGGAAGGGUGGGUAUAAUAAACUCGUCUAAACAAUUUUUAAAUCACCUCUGACAUCAUCUUUAAACCGCAGCACGCUGCCGGUCCCUAUAAAAUAGGGACGGGAACCAAUCCUCCAGUAUUCAGUUUUGAAAGACGAAAUGUCGAUGUGGUUCUUUGGGUUUAUUAUCACUGGAAUCUGACUGCCAAGCAACCGGCCGGGUCGUGACCUCUGCAGAAGUGACGUAUUACUACGGCGAACUGAAGUUGUCCACCAUCUGUGAAUGUUUAACAAGUUGAGGAAAUGAUUAACCCUAACACUCCUCAAUCCUCCAACAGGUGAAGGAUUGAGGAGGGUUAGGGUUAAGGGAAACUUAUAGAUACAUUUUAUAAGGCCCAACUCCCCACACAAAAAUAGCAUAACAUUAGGAGCGAUCAAAGGUGAAACCUAUUACCCCACUUUUUUUUCUUUUCUGUUUUCUUGUACAGGUAUAGUAUAUAUAUUUUUAUUAACACUUUUCCGAAGUCAAUCGGUAUUAUUCUUGUUUGUCGUAUGUGUUUCUUUGAGGCAUUGUUUUUGCUUUAAAAAUUAAACUUAUCAAACUAAUUUCUUUUGAUAUGCAAGGUUUAUUCAGACUUAAGCUCUUUGUUUUAAAGGCAAGUGGAUUAAUUGAUGUAAAUGAAUGGCGAUCAAAUCGCAAGUUUGCAUUCAUGACGCGUGAAUUCCGUUUGCAUUGUAUUAACGACUACGUGUUUAUUCACAAGGUGCGGUAUUAAAUUUACAUAAUUGCUCCAGACUUCCUUUUUUCAUAUGCACUUUCAGCUGGAAAGCGUAACUUUUAAAAGUUUUAUUUGCCGUGUGUUUUGCUUUGAGUGCUUAGUGUAAAAUUGAUCGAAGCCUGUAGCUAGCAGACUGAAAGUACCGUUCAACAUCGAUCAAAUCUGCCGUGGCUGUUGCUCUUCGUGUCCAAAUUACUUGGCUACGGCUUGAAAUUUCGCACGAUCCUAAGGGAAGUGGCUGCAGCCACGACCAGAAGUGGCUGCAGCCUGGACCAUAGACUCACACGUGAUUUUAAGCCGCAGCCAAGAAAUUCAGACUCGGCCAGAGACAGAGGCUUGGCCGUUGGACAUGUGGCCUCUGAUGUCGUGAGUCUGCGCCUUCGUGCAGCGCAGUCGACGUGGUGCUCUGCACGUUAACGUUAUGGUUUAACCUCUCAAUCCUCCUGAUUGAACUCUUAGACAUCGCACUUCAGCUGUCAAACGUCGCACGCACUUCAACUUUCGAAACGCCGUACUUCAAUAUUUCAAACGUCAUGGUUCAACUGAAAGUUUACGCGCAGAGCAACUGACCAGGAUGCCGAAAAUGGAAGUAGAUGGUAUAGGAGCGGGCCUGUGCUACUUUCACAUUACCUCCACGGAAAGUUAAUAUACGACGUUUGAGAAGUUGAACCAGGACGUCUAAAUAUAAUUAUUGAACCACGAAGUUGAAAAGUUUAACUACUACCUUGGCCUGUCCGUUUUAGAACAAUAAAUUUACAGAUUUGCUCACAUUCACAUGGGUUUAGGUGCUCCGCGUCCUCCGAGCGAAUCUGACCUUGCGCACGUGGAGCGUGGGUUAUAUGUGUGGGGGCAGAAGGCAGUUGCUAGUAGGUAGUACAGCGCCCUCUGCCUUUCCUGGACGACGUCCAUUAGUGUAAUAACGGCUACGGGGGAAUAUACGGCAGCUGAGCUGGUGGUAUUUUCAGCUAUUUUGCUUCAGUGUGUCUUGGGAGAAAAAGGAAUGCAGAAGUGAUCUUCAGCAAAGAAUCUUAGUGAACACGUUUGCAUCCCUGCCUCUAGCUAAUUUCUUUUAGAGAUGUGGAUUUGAACUAUUCAGUUCUGGGGUCGGGGUGGCUAGUGUCGCUUUUAGGAGUCGAGUUAUUUAUUAAGACGGUUGUUACAAUGGUAAACUGACCAUUCUGGAGGCUUUGAGUGCAUUAUGUAAACGCUUUUUCUUUGAGAUUUUUUGCUGUCGGAGAGAUAAAUUUUAUAAUGUAUGUUUCCCUGUUCAAAGUGCCUUACAAAUAAAGUGUGGAUUUUGAUGCGAAAUAUAACUUUGUAAAUAAGCUCUAAUAAACCCCUAAUUGUGAUGGGCAUUCGUCAA